UUGGCGCACCAGAUAACCUCAUCAUGGCGUCCAUGAAAACAAAUCUACCUGCUUGGUUACAGCUUUCUAAAGACGAUAUCACAAGAUCUAUUGAGUGGAAGGAUUUAACAUCAGAGCUUUUCGACGCAGUACAACAUCAGCUCACAGAAAACCACGUAUCUUACUUUUCCGAUCUCACAGAUUCAGAGAAAGUCAUGUUUCUAGAUCGUGCUGCUAAGCUUGUUCGUGACAGCUCUUCGUAUCAAAAGCUGAUGGCAACGGUUUCGGGAAUUCUUGAUAGAAAUCUUAAUGAAGAAGUUACCCAAACGAUUAUCGAUGCAUCGAAUACACGUACAAAAGCAGAACUUCUUCUUCAAGAAUCCUCGAAAGCGUCCAUUAGUUUGUUGCAAAGGUGGCCGGAUCUAAGAACUAAAUUGUUUGCUUGUCUGAAUCGUCCUUUGCCAACAGAGUUGCGAAGGGCAGUAUGGAAAUGGUUUCUAGCGAAUCCGACCGUUCGAAAAGAAUAUUUAGAGAAGGUGUCGAGGAACAAACAAAACACUGUUUCACGACACGAUGCAGCCAUUGGACAAAAGUGUAAAGCUUUCUUGUCCUCAGAAUCGCAUUAUUUUAGGCUUGAUUCUUGUCCAGCUUUACUGAAUAUCAUGAAAACUUCAAUAUCCUACCGGGACGUGAAUAUCAGUAGCACAUCAACAAUAGUUGACACAGACUUCUUGUUGGCCAUACCUUUUGUGAGAGUAAUGGUUGCAGACAAUCAUGUUCAAGAGAUAAAUGCUGAGGAAAUUGCAAGCUUUGUGGAAGUUUACUUUACCUUCUUGGAGUCAAGACCAUCUUUGAUGAAGGACUCUAAAUCUAAGGAAUUCCUGUUAGCUCAAAAACAUUAUGGUAGUACAAUGGCUGAUGCCUUGCAUUCCAAAGAUCAGCAGCUUGCAUCAAGUCUACAAAGAACAUUUUCACAUGACCAAACAGCUCAGUUGGCAGAAAGUCUGGCAGCAAUCAUGCGGUCAUAUGCUAGGUGUAUGUUUGUUGGUUUUCUUUCCCUUGAUGUGGUUUGCUACAUUUGGGACCAGUACAUCAUGAGUAUGAAACUUCCUUCCUUCAACUGUAUUCGUACAUUCUCUGCUGCCAUGCUGAUGUUGUUGAGAGAUGAAAUUUUAGUAUGCAGAAAUACCAAAGAGAUUGAGGAUGUUUUGUUAACCGAGAGCAAAAAACUUACUACAAGAGACUUUCAAAGAGUGAUUGACCGCCACUUCAUGGCAGAUUGGCAGAAGUUGGUUACCGAAGAGGUUCAUGGUUCUGAUUUACCGCUAGUGGAUCCAGUAGCAACGGUUGGUAGGUUUGCGCAGCCUUGGUCUGGGUGGUUCCGGGGACAGCCUCCCUCUCGUCACCGAGUCGAAGACCGGCGGCAGACUCGCGAGGAAAGAGAAUUGGAAAGACGGAGGCAACUCAUGGAGCAAAGGCGAGAGGAAGCCAGGAAGAAGCGGGAACAAGAGGAACAGAUGCGACUCCGUGAAGAGGAGAUGAGGCAAGAAUUUCGAGCAGAGAAACAACGUGAAAAGGAAGGAAUCGUAGCGCUCGAGAAAGAGCUCAAAAUCGAAAGAAAAGAGCGAGCGUCUGUGGAAAAACAGAAGGAUGAAGAGAUUGCGCGGUUGCAAGUCGAACUUGCGAGACUAAAACGAGUUACUCCGGUCACAAGCCCUGGUUUACGCUCUUCUGGUAUUCCUUCAGUGAAGGAGCCAGAUCCUAGUCCUCAUCCUACGUGAGCAUCGCGUCAACAGGUCGAGGACCUGGUUCGGUCGUUGCUAGGAGCGACACUUCACAGCCUAGAUUUGGUGGCCCACGGUUCAGAGGAACAGCGGACAAAUCUUAACGUGAUCACGAAAGACGCUUUGCAGACAAACAGUGAUCAAUACAAAGAGGCAGAAAGAGAGUUGUUCGGUAGGGAACUUCACACGGACGACUGGGACAGAAUGGACGAAGAGGAACGAUUGGAGAAUACUAAGAAACUUAUGACAAGGUUGAAAGAGAUCAGAGACGAAAGCCAGCUUAACGUGACAUGAACAACCAACCAUCAGGGCGUGUGCAUGUGCGCACUUCAUGUGCAACACUUUAAAGAGUCUAUACCAUGACUUGCUAAAACUGCUCGGCUUACUCCUUUGCUUAAUUGAAGGAAUACUGCGGAAAAUACCACAAUACCUCAGUCAAAAGUGAGCAGGCUGGGAAAGCGCUUGAAGCCUGUGUCUCUAAUG